AAGCGGUGUGGCAUUAAGAAAGAGAAAUAUAUAGGGGUCGACCAAACUGAGCGGGAUUUUUUGGCAGAAGAAACUGAAAGUAGCAUGUCCUAUUUAACCAGUAAAGGGGUGUGACAUGCCUGUUAGCAGUCUGUAUGUAUAGGUGAACCUACAUAGGGCAGCCUGUGGAGAGACACAUUUAAAAGAAAGUUGUCAACAUCUGAACGCGAGUAUCAACACUGAAGAGUUAGCCUACAGGACUGGAAUCAAUGUGGGCAAGUGGAUGGAUCGUUAAAGACACCCAGACUUGCUGUGGAUUUUACGGUGCAGGGACUCGGAAGUACUCGGAAGGUCCGUGCAGUACAGUACAGGUUUAUACAAGGAUUUUGCAGUAACAGAGCAGCAGUUUUGACAAAAUGGCUAUACAUGUGGCUGGUUUGGUGUCCAUCAUCCUAUUUUACCUACUCAUUCUUGGGGUUGGUCUGUGGGCAGCUCGUAAGUCAAAAAGUACCGGACAGGAUGCAGACAGUGAGAAUGUGAUGCUGGCAGGACGAAACAUUGGCCUGGUGGUCGGGGUGUUUACUAUGACAGCAACAUGGGUAGGAGGUGGUUUUAUAAACGGGACAGCAGAGGUAAUCUAUACGGAUGGAUUUGUCUGGUGCCAAGCCCCCUUUGGUUAUGCAUUAAGUCUUGUAUUUGGAGGGUAUUUCUUUGCGGAGAGAAUGCGAUCACAGGGAUAUGUGACCAUGCUGGACCCUUUCCAACAGAAGUAUGGUGAGAGAAUGGGAGGAUUACUGUACAUCCCCGCUCUUCUGGGCGAAGUCUUUUGGUCAGCAGCAAUCUUAGGUGCUCUUGGUGCUACUCUGUCAGUGAUAAUAGACCUCGAUAUCAAGACGUCCAUCAUUGUGUCCGCCUGUGUAGCAACUUUCUACACCUUAUUUGGGGGCCUGUACUCGGUGGCCUACACUGAUGUUGUACAGCUGUUUUGUAUCUUUAUUGGUCUGUGGCUGAGCAUACCAUUUGCUAUGACCCAUGAGGCAGUGGGGGACAUCACUUUCAAUUCUACCACCUACUGGGUUCAAGAGCUUGACCCAAAGUAUUCUGGCUACUACAUUGACAGCUUUCUCCUCCUUAUCUUUGGAGGAAUACCUUGGCAGGUUUAUUUUCAGCGAGUGUUGUCAGCAAAAACUGCAUCAAAUGCCAAGCUAUUAUCGUAUAUUGCAGCUGGGGGGUGUAUUGUCAUGUCUAUCCCGUCGGUCCUCAUUGGUGCUGUAGCAACUGUCACAGAUUGGAAUGCCACUGACUAUGCCAUCGUAGAUCAUCGCACUGUGCCCAUCCCUAAGGAGGAUAUCAAAUUGAUCCUUCCGAUGGUCCUUCAGUACCUCAGCCCCACCUGGGUGUCAUUCUUUGGCCUCGGAGCAGUGUCAGCAGCUGUCAUGUCCUCUGCGGACUCCUCUAUCUUAUCUGCUAGUGCCAUGUUUGCUAGGAAUAUAUACAAGCUGAUAUUUAGACAGAAGGCAUCAGAGGCCGAGAUUCUGUGGGUGAUGCGGAUUGCCAUAUUUGGAGUGGGUGGUCUCGCCACUGCUAUGGCGAUAACUGUGGAAUCAAUUUAUGAUCUCUGGUACCUGUGUUCAGACCUUGUAUAUGUGGUGCUCUUUCCUCAGCUCUGUAGUGUUAUCUAUCUACAGGGAACAAACACCUACGGCUCCCUGGCCGGCUUCAUCACUGCAUUCUUCUUCAGGCUGUCAGGUGGGGAGAAGUCCAUGCAUGUACCUACCUUGAUAAAGUUUCCAUUUUAUGAUGAAGUUGAUGAAAUACAGUUAUUUCCCUUUAAAACCUUGAGUAUGCUUCUGUCAUUUUUUGUAUUGGUGUCUGUAUCAUACUCCCUUAAGUACCUGUUCGAGGCAGGGAUACUACAUAGGAAGUAUGACGUAUUUAUGUGUGUGGUAAACACACCAGAAGAGACAAUAGCAUUGAAGGACCAAGGGCCCUGUGAAUUAACCGCCAUCACCCCAACCAAGGAGCCCAAUGGCAAGAUCAACCCUGCACUGAAAAUAUCCCAAGAGGAUUUAAUUGGAGCGGAAACAGCAUACCUCAGGGAGCGAAAAUCGCCCAGUUCCCCAGAUCACUCGACCAACUUACUGGCUCCUCAAUGGAAGUAAUGCUGUUAUUGUAUUAGGUCAGGAAGCGUAACCUUCAAAUGUCAUCCCCAACACUGUCUAAUGUUAUCAUGUUUGUCUGCCCUGUUUUAAAUGUAGAAGGAAUAAAAACCUGAUCUCUAAAGAGGUAUUUUAAAAGGAGCUGGUCAGGUGAAGUGUAUAUUGACGAAGAAUCUGUGAGACGCUUUGGUCAUUUUAAAUUCAUAAUCGCCAACAGCAAUCACCUCCAUCAUACCCGAGGCACGUGUAAACAGUGCGGCUGUUGGUAUGAUUCUAAAGGAUACUGGUUAAUAAAUAUUGUUUUUAAUUAUAAAUCUUUUUAGAUAUUUUUUUUAAUUUCCUUUUUCAAGGUUUAUUUUGUAUGUCUGGAAAAAAAACCCACCAAUAACGAUAUUCACACGACAGGUAACAGUAUAAGCGUAUUGCUUGAUAUUUUAUUUAAGUUUGAUUUUUUUUUAUUGUAAUUCUAAUACAAACUUUAAUAUGAAAUAUAUAUACAUGUGUUAUAUUCAUUAUUUUUACCUCUGAUAUUUUAGAUAAAAGAGUUACUUAACAUAAUACAAGACAUAUGACUUAAAUGACCUAUAACUUAUAUAUAUAUAUAUAUACUAUUACAAGAAAGUACCAUUAACUAUGUAGAUCAUAAUCCAUUUUUUUGGUGAAAAAAAGUAUACAGAAGUAUGAUUGUUGUCAAUACUGGAAGUGUGUUUGGUUAUAUGUCGUUGUGAGUUGACCUGGUGUAUGUUCACAUAUAGACUUGAAGGACAGUUGAUCAAGAUUUGUUAUAUUGAUUAGACAAAUAAUCAAUGUUCAUCAGGCUGUGGAAAUUUGGAUUUAAAAAAAUAUAUAUAUCUGGAUGACAAGACUAUCACUGAAAUUUAACCUUGUUUCUGAACGAUUAAGAUCACCAACUAAAGCAAAGACUUUCUUUAGGUUGAACUAUGUGAUGUAAUUUCUUUGAAAUCUUUUUACCCAUCUGAUAAAAAUCCAGAUACCAUGAACUGUACCUCCAGUCUCUGUGAUAAUUAAGAUAUCGGGUUUUAAAUAGAAUUGCUUUUCAAUUUUUUUUUCUGCUAAACAUCAACAUGUACUGUAUACUUUAAAACUUAAUCUUAUACUAUAUUUAAAUUCAAUUAUUAUGUUUUUACUAAUGUCCGCUGUAGUGAUCAAGUCGGCCUCGUAACAGACGGCAAAAGUGUAUGUUAAACUGCAGUGACAAAUGUCCUGGUAUACGGUAUUGUACGUAGGGUACUUUUGAGUUUGAUUUUUAUCAUCAUGUCAAGUGAUGAAGAGCAGACAUUUUUGUGAAACUAUUAAAGUUUUAACAUAUUCUGACUUUAAAGCAAAUAUAAGAACUUGAAUGUUGCAAGUUAAUUAACUACUGUGGUUGGUAUAACUAAAUGAAAACAACAUUCCAUAUAUCUACAUUAAAAUUCCAUUGAAGUUUUUUUAUGAUUUUCGUACUUUAAAACUACAUUGAAAUUUUUACAACUUUAUGUAUACAUUUACAUUGUCAUCUGUUUUUAUUUCACACAUUUUUUUAAUUUUAAGUUUGUUUUAGAGUUGAACAUUAUUGCCUAUCAGGUAUAGGUUUUUACUAUUAUUACCCUGUCAUACUGUGGGUCUAACAUGUACACCAGAUAAUCAUGUAGUAGACACCCUGUCAUACUGUGGGUCUUAUACCAGAUAAUCACGUAAUAGACACCCUGUCAUACUGUGGGUCUAAUACCAGGUAAUCAUGUAGUAGACACCCUGUCAUACUUUGGGUCUUAUGCCAGAUAAUCAUGUAGUAGACACCCUGUCAUGCUGUGGGUCUAAUACCAGAUAAUCAUGUAGUAGAUGCCCUGUCAUACUGUGGGUCUAAUACCAGAGAAUCAUGUAGUAGACAUCCUGUCAUACUGUGGGUCUAAUACCAGAUAAGCAUGUAGUAGACACCCUGUCAUACUGUGGGUCUAAUACCAGAGAAUCAUGUAGUAGACAUCCUGUCAUACUGUGGGUCUAAUACCAGAUAAUCAUGUAGUAGAUACCCUGUCAUACUGUGGGUCUAAUACCAGGUAAUCAUGUAGUAGACACCCUGUCAUACUGUGGGUCUAAUACCAGAUAAUCAUGAAAUAAAAGGAUGUGUCAUCUACUUAGUUAAGAAUACACUGAAAUAAAAGGAUGUCAUUUACUUAGAAUACACUGAAAUAAAAGGAUGUGUCAUUUACUAAGAAUACACUGCAGAACUGGUUUUCACUAGACACGGCUAUAUAUUACAAAACACCUUAAUGCUAUCUUACUAUCAGAUAUAUAAUAUUUCCUUUACAACAAAGUUCUACGCCAACUGAAAUUUGUAAAUAUUUUCAAAAAUGUUGAUUUUAAAUUGGUUUUUCAAUUUAUGACAUUGAUCUGAAAAUUUAUGAGUGCAUAGAUAAUACUAGUGUACUUCUGUUCUAUUAGGUUUAAUGAUGCUCAUGAAAACAUUUCAAGGGAAAUUACUCCUAACACAGUAUCACAAAGUAGCAUAUAUCCUUAAUUCCAUCACUCACCAAUAUAUAUUCCACAUGUAACAUUACUGAUUUUAAAGCUGACUGACACAGUACUAGUGUAGUUUCCUUGACUACUGAAUUAUAACCUUGACAACAGGUAUGUUGUACAAAUAUAUAUACAACUAACUUCAGAAUUUUUAGAAUGUGAUAAAGUUGAAUGCAAAUAAGCUGCUCUUUCCAAUUUCACAGCUGACUGACUAGGUAAACAUCUCUACUAAUUGAACAUACUUGACUGUAGUUAACCUGUUCAUUAAAGGGUUUGUGAUAUGAAAGGGAAUGCAAUAAAUGUGUGUGUUAGAUACAUGUGAUGUAGAAGAAUUCUAGUUCACCAAUAAAUCGAUGAAGCUUUAGAAAGUUCAAUGUGUGUAUGUUAACGAUUUCUGUACAUAUAUAAACUGUAUAUAAUAAAUGGUGGAAGAGCUGUAUACCAAAUAUUUUUUGGGAAAAAAAAGUUACCUAGGAAAUAUCUUAGUGUUGUAAAGCCUAGGCAUCAUAUAACCUCACAUCAAAUUUUAACAACAUUAUUUUGGGGGGUGGAAGAAGUUACACAUAUCAAUGAACAAACUAUUAUUGAACUUGCCCAAAGGUUAGUGUUUCGCUGACCUUGUGUGCCGCUGAGACACAGUGUAUACCCAAUGUUAUUGACCUAGUCCAAAGGUUAGGCUGUUUGCUGACCUUGAUGAGAUACAGUGCACCAUUCAACUAUAGAUAUUUGGUGUAUACCAAACUGCACCUUAGUCGUAAUUUACUUAAAAACUUUCAGCAAUUCAAAAAAAAAUAAUGAGGAUCGUGCCCUUAUAUUAACGCCCAAGAUAAUAUUUGCACAUCCUUCCUCAAAAAAUGGUACUGUGGACCCCCCCCCCCAAGUUUAAUAAUAGAUUAUUACUACCCAUUUAUUAAUUGCCCUUGUUGUAGGGAAUCAUGAUUCUGUGUUUCCCUUGAGAUUUAUUGAGAUGUAUCAUAUUUCACGAGGGAAACACAAUGUUUAUUUCCAUGUCAUGUGAUCAUCCUAAUCCAAUGAGACAUGCUGUUAUAUAGAUUAGGUAUAAGAAUAUGGCUUGUGACCCUUUGUGAUUGACUGAUCAAGUGUCCAGUCCUGUUUCAUUUGUACACAUCAUGUAAAUAGAAAGUAUAUAUAUUGGUUGUGGUGAAAUAUAGGGUGAACUAACUGCUCAUGCUACUGACACGUCGGAGUGAAACUAAUUCAUGAAUCAUUGCUGCAUUUGAAAGCUGCAUGUAGAGAUAUAUGUAUAUUGAUCAGUCAGUUAAUUGUAGAUAUGUUCCAACUUCAUUUACUCAUUCCUGUUGAUAUAUAAUCCAUAAGUACUGUACACAUAUACCAUUAAUGUAUAUAUGUAAAUGCUUACUAACUGUUAGCAGUGAGUUUAUAUACUGAUAAUGUCGAGGCUCUGAAAUUCAGUAAAAUCCGGACACUAUGCUGGGUAUAAAGUUCAGUAAAAUCCGGACAAGUAACACUAUGCUGGGUAUAAAGUUCAGUCAGAUUAUCAUUGGUAGGUUGAUACAGAUGAAGUGAUAAUUUUAAAAAGUCUAAACCAGCAAGAGAAAGCGUCUUAUAAUUGGUUUAAUUUACUGUUGUAGCGAUGAAAUAAUUUAAUGACAAUGUUUCUUAUAAAUAUGAAUACCUUUUAACAAAUCACUCCCCUCAACACUCAUUAUAUGAGAAUCUUAUUUGAGAAUCACAAUAUCAUGAAAUGGUGCCAAAAAUCAAAGGUCACUCAAUUCUUUUUAAAUUGUCCAUUGUGAUUUGGAUACAAAACAUUGCUGUUUGAGUAUGCUGUCAUCAAUGUCAUUAUAGGAUAGUCUCAGAACAUUGCUGUUUGAGUACGCUGAUAGUUAAGUUGCACUGCUGUUUAAGCCAUGUACAUGCGUGGUAUAUAAGGUUGUGUAAGCCAACAUUAAUGAUGACAUAUGUCAAUAAAACAAAAAAUAAAUAAAUAUGACUAUAGACUGUAGCUGGAAAUGAGAUUCCCAUGGACUGUAUAUAGUUAGCCAUAGACUGGCAAUUGGCUUCUCUGGGAUUCUAUAGCUGUAACGUUAGAAUGGAAACACUUUCCUUGGACAAUAUAGCUAACCAUAGACUGGCAAUGGUUUCUCUGUGCAAUAUAGCUUACCAUAGACUGGCAAUGGUUUCUCUGUGCAAUAUAGCUCAUCUUAGACUGGCAAUGGUUUCUCUGUGCAAUAUAGCUAACCAUAGACUGGCAAUGGUUUCUCUGUACAAUAUAGCUAACCAUAUACUGGCAAUGCUUUCUCUGUACAAUAUAGCUAACCAUAGACUGGCAAUGCUUUCUCUGUACAAUAUAGCUAACCAUAGACUAGCAAUAGUUUUUCUGUGCAAUAUAGCUAACCAUAGACUGGCAAUGGUUUCUCUGUACAAUAUAGCUAACCAUAGACUGGCAAUGCUUUCUCUGUACAAUAUAGCUAACCAUAGACUGGCAAUGCUUUCUCUGUACAAUAUAGCUAACCAUAGACUGGCAAUGGUUUCUCUGUACAAUAUAGCUAACCAUAGACUGGCAAUGCUUUCUCUGUACAAUAUAGCUAACCAUAGACUGGCAAUGGUUUCUCUGUACAAUAUAGCUAACCAUAGACUGGCAAUGCUUUCUCUGUACAAUAUAGCUAACCAUAGACUGGCAAUGGUUUCUCUGUACAAUAUAGCUAACCAUAGACUGGCAAUGCUUUCUCUGUACAAUAUAGCUAACCAUAGACUGGCAAUGGUUUCUCUGUGCAAUAUAGCUAAACAUAGACUGGCGAUAGUUUUUCUGUGCAAUAUAGCUAACCAUAGACUGGCAAUAGUUUCUCUGUGCAAUAUAGCUAUCCAUAGACUGGCAAUGGUUUUUCUGUACAAUAUAGCUAAACAUAGACUGGCGAUAGUUUUUCUGUGCAAUAUAGCUAUCCAUAGA